GAUAUAUACUCAUGUAUAUAUACAUAUGCAUAUAUGUAUUUGUUUUUCAAACUUAUAAUAAACAAUUUUGUAGCAAAGCAACUACAAUAUCGCGCAAAAUACACAUAAUCUCAAGAAAUGAAGAAAAAAACUAGAAAAUACCUAACAUUUAAUCUUAUAAAAUAAAUAAUAUGAAAAUAGCAAUAUACCUACCUACAUUUAUGUAAAUGCAUAUAGAUAAUCAUAUGUAUACACAGAAUAAUAUAUUAUCUACUAUGUAUGGUUAUAUGUAUAUAUUUAUGUUCACAUAAUAUCUAUUUAAAAAAAAAUAAUAACAAAAAUUGUGCGCCGUAAUUGUGGUGUGUAGCGUUGUAUAAUAUCAUCUUAUAUAUGUAUGUACAUAGUUGGAGUUUACUUUAUAGAUUCAAUUCAUAUAAUGUUCUAAAUUUUUAAUUCUAUGUUUUCAUAAAAUAUAUUAAAAUUCAUAGUAAAAAUAUUAAUAAAAUAUUUAAUUUUUAUAAAAUUAUAAUUAAAAUUUUAUGAUGAGUUUAAUUGCAAAUGUGAUUAAAAUAUGAUAUUGAACACUUAAAUUUUCUUUAUUUUAAAACUCCUAACAUCUUAUACUUAUUUUUCACCAUUUUUUUUAUUUAAAAUAAAAUACUUAAAAAAUCAUCAUAAACACAUUUUAGUUAACCUUAUUUUCAGUUUUGGUGUGGUGUCUAUAUCGAUAAAAUUAUAAAAAUAAAUUCGAAAAUUAUAUAUGUACGUACGUAUGUACAUAUACUUAUUGUAUGUAAACAAUGAUUUUUAAUUAUAAAAAAGUGAACAAAAUAAGAACAAUUAAUCAUAUUAAUACAGAAAUAAUAAAUGUGAAUAAAUUUCCAAAAAUUGUACAUAAAUGACAUAUUUUUCAUAUUUUUUAAUUCAAUAUUGAGAAUUCAAAAAAAAAAAAUUGUAUUGAAAAAAUAAUUGAAAGAAAUUUAAAAAAAAAAAUUAAUAGAAUAUUUUUUUAACGAUUGGAACAACAAACAAACUUCGCAUACAAAAUGGAUAUUCUUAAUUCAGAAAUAACAAUAGAAUCUAGUUAUGUACUGGUGCCAAUUCCAAUAAUUGGAAUUAUAAUUUUGGCGUUAUAUUUGUUGAAAAAUAGAAAAAAUGACACAAAAGAUUCACAAAAAGAUCAAAUUUCUAAUAAAAAAUUAGAUUCCAAUUCACAAAGUCAUACAACAAAUCUUCAUCAACAUCAACAUCAUCAUCAUCAACAACAGCAAAACUCUCAAAAUUCAAAAACAACAAAAUCAUCAAAAACACGUCAUAAUAAGAGAGGUACGACUAAUAGUAAUACUACUAGUAGUAAUGAUAGUAAAGCAUCAUCACAUCCUUGGUUAGCAUCAAAUCUAAAAGGACAUACUGAUGAUAUACAUGAUAUCGAUUUUUCGAAUAAUGGAAAAUUUUUAGCUUCAUGCAGUGAAGCUACAAACAGCAGUAGUUCAAGUAAUGGACUUCAUCAUCAUCAUCACCAUCAACAUCAUCAUCGUGUGAUACGAAGUGAUAGACGUAAAGAAAGUACAUCAACAGAUUCGACCGGAAGUGGAACUGAAGAUAUUAAUAACAGUAGCAGUAAUGAAGACAGUUCAGUAUCCUACGUUACAAAUGUUACGAAGAAUAAAAAAUCAAAGCCAAGAUGUAAUCGCCGUCAUAAUCGAAAAAAUCAUUCAAAACAUAAUAUUGAUAUAGACGAUGAUAAUCAUAAUAAAAAUAAUCAGCGCAAUGAACAAUCAGAAAAUUUUUCAUCAUCAUCAUCACCGAAUUCAUCACCAACAGCGUCACCACAGCAAAAAUCUUCUUUAAGAAAAUCUGUAAAAAAUUCCACAAAAGGUAAUGGUAAACAAAGUAAUGUUACAACCAAUGUAAAUCAUCAACAUAAUAAUCAUCAAAUGAUUCAGAAAGAAAAAAAUUGUGAAUUUAAUCAUUUUAUAAAAAUUUCUCAAGCUGUUAUUCCGCCAUUACGUCAACAUAUGAAAUUAAAUUUACAAGAAUCCGAAUUGGUGAAAUUUUUACGUUAUUAUAUUGUUGAUCCAAAUUUAUUACGUAUUUAUGGUUAUCCGGUUGAAAGUGCAUCUUAUGAGGGUUCCAUUGAAAUAUUCAAAUGUUUGCCAAGACCAUUUACACAUUUUAAAACCAAUGGAAUUGUAAGCAAUAAUCGUUCAACAACACCACGUAGUGACAUAAUUAAUAAAAGCGAUGGUUUGAUUGCGCCACCUGGUUAUAAAAAAUGGAAAACAAACAGUAGCAAUGAUAAUAAUAACGAUGAUAAUGACGAUGCAUGUAUGAUGCAAAUGCAAUCAAGUGACAGCGGUAAUGGUAGUGAAACAUCAAGUCCAGCAUCUGUCGAUUCCGAUGAUACAUCAGAAAAUGGUGAAGAAGAAACAACAACAACAUUUUAUACACCAGACGGCAGUUAUCAAAUAUUUAAUAAUUAUAGCCAAUCUUUGAAGAAACAAUGUGUUCGUUGCAAAAAAGAAUUUUUAGUUGAUGAAAAUGGCGAGUACUUAACAAAAGAAGAAUGUUUUUAUCAUUGGGGUAAACUACAACAGAUUUAUACAAGUAAUCGAACAUUUGGAUAUCAAUAUUCAUGUUGUAAUGGUGAUCAAUAUUCAAUUGGUUGCGCUAAAAAUCGCUUACAUGUUUGGACUGGUAUUACAGUUGGCAUUAAUGGACCAUAUGAUGAUUUCAUAAGAACAUCUAAUAAAUUAUCAACAAAAAAUUUAAAUAAUUCUUAUAAUAAGAAGAAUUGUAAUAUAAAUGAUGUUAAUAUUAAAACGAAUAGUGUUACAAAUUGUGUUGGUGGUGAUGAUGUUUGUUUUGGUAAGGUUUAUGCAUUAGAUUGUGAAAUGUGUUUUACUGGUUUAGGUUUAGAGGUAACAAAAAUUACAGUUGUUAGUUCAGAUGGACAUUUAGUUUAUGAAACAUUUGUUAAACCAAAAUGCGAAAUUGUUGAUUAUAAUACAAGAUUUUCAGGUAUUACAGAAAAAGAUAUAACAUCAAAAAAUAAUAAUGUCAAAACAUUAGAACAAGUACAAAAUGAUUUAUUAGAAUUUAUUGAUGAGGAUACAUUACUUAUUGGGCAUGCAUUAGAUAAUGACUUAAGAGCAUUAAAAAUUUUACAUACGAAUAUUAUUGACACAUCAAUAACAUUUCCACAUGUUAAUGGUUUCCCAUAUCGCCGUUCAUUAAAAACUUUAACAAAAUAUUAUUUAAAUCGUGAUAUACAAAAUGGCGGUGACUCGGGUCAUUGUAGUUUUGAAGAUAGUCGGGCAUGCCUUGAAUUAAUGUUAUGGCGUGUUAGAAAAGAUUUUCGAUUAAUUUUAGAACAAUAAAUUAAUUAAAUUAAUUUAAAUUAAAGAACUUCGGAUUUUAAAUAUUUUAAAAUCAUUUUUUUUAUUUUCAUUAAAGAAUUUUUUUUGUUCGUUUUAUUAAAAAAAAAAGUUAACGUUAAUAAUGUUUACAUAUGAAAAUUAUUUGUUAAAUUUUAUUAAUUUUUUUUUUUAUAUACAGUACAUACAUUUGUAUAUAUUUACAUUUAUAAAUUUUAAUAUAUAAAUGAAUAUUUUAGAUUCUAAGUGAAUAUUUUUAAUAGGUUCUUAGUUUUAUAUUUAAAACAAAACAAAAAAAAAUAAAGAAACAAAAUAAUUUUUUUUACAAAAAUUUAUUUAACGAUUUUUAUGCAUUUUUAGCAUAAAAAAAAUUAAAUAAAUUUUUGAAGCAAAAAAGAAAAAAUAUAUAAAAAAAGAACUGAUUGUUGCUGUGAUUUUCUCUCUGUUCUCAAUGUUCUCAUAUUAUUGUAAAAAUUAAUGUAACUUAAACGUAUAAAAAAAAAUUAUAAUUUUAUUGAAAUUGUUUUCAGUUUACACAAUAUUCAUCUGAAAAUUUUUUUUGUGAAAAUAUAAACGAUUGACAAGUUUCGUCUAUUUCUACAAAAAAAACCGAAAUUUGCAGGGAUGCCAACAACUCAAAAUAGUCAUUUGAUUAUUUACCAACUGACAUAAAGUGCUAUAUGUUUAACAAUUUAUUGAAAUAUGCCAAUUGUAAUUAAAUUAUUUUCAAUUUUAUUUUAAUUUGAAUUUAAUUUUCUAAAAAAACUUAAGUUUUAUAAAAUAAGUCGACUAUAAUUUUCAAUUUGAUUAUUACAAAAUAUAAGUUCUAAAUUUAGUUAUUUAAAUAAACUGUAGUGAUUAUAAUUUACAGACAGCAAACUAAAAUUAUUUGCUUGUAAAAUAUUUUAAAAAUUAAUUUUCAUUAAUUUUUGAUUUUCUAUAUCCCAUUUUUUUC